AAGUUACACCAGAUCCUCUCUCUUGUGUCUCUAAAUAAGCUUUUCCGGUUUUUGAAAGUGACGUUCGCCCCACAAAUCCCGUCAAUGCUGAGUUUUCGAUUGGCGUAAUUGGCCAACUCGCAAGUCGCAGGUGCUGCCCCUUGCGGAAAGCAUCCUCCGACAUCUUAGAAACCUUCAACGAACCGAGCCGUCCGGCCAGCUUUGCACCAUGUCUGAUCACCAAAAGGCGCCCCUGCACAGUUCGAGCCAUCCCUCAUGACCUUAAGCAUGGAGCCGCAGCAGCAGGUGAAGAUCGCUGUAGUUGGUUCGGGCAUGGCUGGGCUUGCGACAGCCCACCUGCUUCAACAAGACCGUCGCCAGAGAUACGCCGUGAAGGUGUUCGAAUCGGGCAACACUUUGUCUCUUGACUCGGCCUCGAUCUCAAUACCCAAUGCCGCGCGCACAUCAGCCGACCGCGUCGAUCUACCGAUGCGCGCUUUCGCUGGCGGCUUCUACAGUAAUCUAAAGUCCAUGUACGAUUACUUGGGUAUACGUUACCAGUCGCAGCCCUUCCUGUUCGAAUUUGCGCAAUCGAAGACGCCCUAUUACACACAUGCGUCGAAUCUACACCAGCUGCCUCGGCGACUGUCUGGUGCCAGCUUGUUGACAUAUCUUCUGGACGUGGUGUAUCUGUUGGCAUGUUACAUAUACUUCUCGCUCUGCUGCUUCUUCGUUGCUCCGCAGAGCGGCGAAACGCUGCAAGCAUACUUUGAGCGCACGCGGACGCCCGAGCGCUUUGCGACCUACUACAUCCUUCCCCUUAUAUCGAGCGUCACGACUUGCCCGCACGAAUCGCUCCUGUUGUUCCCUGCCAGCGACCUGACAGAGUACAAACGAAGGACCCACCGCGCGCCGCACUACACCGUAUCGGAGGGCGUUCGGGCAGCACAAGACCGGCUGGUACAGGGCAUACGAUACGAGCUUAAUGCUGCUAUCACAGCUGUCGAGCCGGGAGAAAAGGGCGUACAGCUUUCGUGGAGGCGGUCCAACGGACAAGAAGGAUCAGAGACAUUUGACAAGGUAGUCCUUGCGGUGGCUCCUGAUGUCGUGGGAAAAGUCUUUGAACCCCUGCGACAUUACAUGGCACAUAUACCAACGACUCUCGUUGAGAGUAUUGUACAUACGGACAACAGCGUACUCAACACGAGUCGAGUGGGGCCGAGUAGUGCGGCGCAAUUGAUCCACCUGAACACGUCAACCCAGGGCAGACAUGAGACUGAGUCACAUCACGUCCAGCCGUGUGGCGCAAUCGUUACGACCUGUCCUUUCAGCACGCUGGAUCAGUCUCAGAUUCAGCACUCCGCAAAGUUCACACGAGUCCUUCGAAGCUCAAAAAGCCAGCGUAUUGUCAACGCAAUAUUUGGCCAUGUCCAGAAUUGCGACGACGACGACGAGAAGUCAGUACCAUUGUGGAGGAACGGUGACGAUAAUGUGUAUCUGGUCGGUGGUUGGUGCUGGGAUGGUAUGGUGCUGCUGGAAGGCUGUGUUAUUUCUGCGAUGCGAGUCGCUGAUGCACUAAAAGUCGACGUGCCCUGGCGGCGCUGAUCGCUUUAUAAUGUUGUAAUGACCUCAAACUAUGAACGCCUUAUGUCUACAUGCUGGAGCCCUAAUCGCACUAUUCCUAGAAUGGCUAGACUACCAAUAAAUUGUAAACCUCGC